GUGUGAGCUAUGGGAGCGCUGCUUCAUCCGGCCCUACACUGAGCUACAGCACCCUCCUUGCCACUCGUCCACUAAUCCUCCAAAGAAUCUAAAAUGGCUUUCAAGGGAAUGCUGAAGGACGAGGAUGUGGCAGCCGCCCUGCAGGCGUUCGCAGCCGCCGACUCCUUCAACCACAAGCAGUUCUUCGCCAAGGUUGGCCUGGCCGGUAAGUCCGAUGAGGAUUUGAAGAAGGCCUUCUACUUGGUUGACCAGGACAAGAGUGGCUUCAUUGAGGAGGAGGAGCUCAAGCUGUUCCUGCAGACCUUCUCUGCUGGAGCCAGGGCUCUGACAGACACAGAGACCAAGGCCUUCCUUGCAGCUGGAGAUGUUGAUGGUGACGGCAUGAUCGGAGUCGAUGAACGAGUCCACUCUAGCCUUAAAGCCAAACCUGAGCUAAUCAUGUCCUUCGCCGGUCUUAAGGAUGCUGAUGUGGCUGCAGCCCUCGCUGCAUGCUCAGCUGCUGACUCCUUCAAACACAAGGAGUUCUUCGCCAAGGUUGGCCUGGCAAGCAAGUCCCUUGAUGACGUGAAGAAGGCCUUCUACGUCAUUGACCAGGACAAGAGUGGCUUCAUUGAGGAGGAUGAGCUCAAGCUGUUCCUGCAGAACUUCUCCCCAUCUGCCAGAGCCCUGACCGAUGCUGAGACCAAGGCCUUCCUGGCUGAUGGAGACAAGGACGGUGAUGGCAUGAUCGGAGUUGAUGAGUUCGCCGCCAUGAUCAAGGCAUAAAUAAAGACCUGACCAACACCUCUUGAUCCGAAGGAACCACCCAAGACUUCCCUCUUUUCAUCUCAACACUUUUAUACACACGUGACUGUGGCUGUGUCUGAAAUGACACCCUAUUCCCUUUAUAGUGCACAGCGUUUUCCCAGAGGCUUGUGGGUAAAAGCAAUGCACUAUACCGGUCACAGGGUGCCAAAUUAGACAUAGCUUUUGACUGUCUACCCAUAGUGCAUCUCUCUGUCCACUAUGAAUGUAAAUGUAGUGUGGCUGUGUCUUCUCUGUCCUCGUUAAGAGUUUUGCUUACUGUCAAAUCAAUGGUGCACUUUUUGGGCAAUGGACGUCAGCUGGUAUAGAAAAGAAUAAACGUUCUUUUUC